AAAUGAUGACGCAGUUAUUGUACUUGAGCUUUUAAACAAGCCUACCGACCUGUCGAGUUAUUAUACUUCCUUGUGGAUCAGCCGUGCGCAACGUAUAGCGUGGGACUUACCACAAUGGCAAUUUUCCAUUUACUUUUGAGCUGGACUGCUCAAGCUAUGAUGUUUCUGUUCUUUCUGAUCUUCAUUGCAUUUGUUGGUUACUGCUUUUAUCUUAAACACAUUCACAUGAAAUAUGACCACAUUCCUGGACCACCGAGAGACAAUUUUUUCUUAGGACAUUCAUCGUCGUUGUUGGGGGCAAUGAAGAAUGAUGGACUUAUACACGAUAAAUUUCUUGAAUGGACCGAGAAAUAUGGGCCUGUUUACAGGAUAAAUAUUCUACAUUAUGUUUCACUGUGUAUCUCCUGUCCAGAGGCGACCAAGGAAAUCCUGAUGUCCCCAAAGUACCCAAAAGAUAAAUUUGUGUACAAGAAACUCUUCAACCUGUUUGGUCAAAGGUUCCUUGGUAAUGGCCUGGUAACAGCACAGGACCACAAACAGUGGUACAAACAACGCCGGAUCAUGGACCCCGCAUUCAGCAGCUUGUAUUUGAGAGGUCUAAUGGGCACCUUCAAUGAGACAGCAGAGAAACUGAUGGAGAAACUCACAGAUAUCGCUGAUAGCAAAAGAGAAGCCAACAUGCUCCACCUAGUGAACUGUGUUACCCUCGAUGUUAUCACUAAGGUUGCUUUUGGUGUGGAUUUAGACCUGCUGAAGAAUAGUUCACCUUUCCCUAGAGCCAUCGAGACAUGUCUGAAAGGGAUGAUGUAUUAUGUCAGAGAUCUCUUUUUUGAGCUCAAGCCAAAGAACAAACCAUUCAUUAAUGAAGUAAAGGAAGCGUGUCACCUGCUGCGCACAACUGGAGCUCGGUGGAUCAAUGAGAGAAAGAUUGCCAUAAAAAACGGCAAUGACGUUCCCAAGGACAUCCUCACGCAAAUCAUCAAAACAGCUGACAAAGAGGAAAGUAUGACCAAAGAGGAUGAAGAGUUUAUGUUGGACAAUUUUGUGACAUUCUUCAUUGCGGGGCAAGAAACAACAGCUAAUCAAAUUUCUUUUUGCAUCAUGGAACUGGGAAGACAUCCUGACAUACUGGAGAAAGUGAAGAAAGAGGUGGAUGAUGUCAUUGGGAUGAAACAGGACAUAAGCUAUGACAACCUGGGGGAACUGACCUACCUCUCACAGGUGCUAAAAGAGACUCUGAGGCUUUACCCAACAGCUCCAGGGACGUCUCGUGAGGUAUCUGAAGACAUGGUCAUUGACGGUAUCCACGUACCUGGAGGAUUCAGCGGUGUUUUCAGCUCCUUUGUGUCUGGGAGACUGGAGAAAUUCUUCAAGGACCCCCUGAAAUUUGAUCCAGACAGAUUUCACCCAGAUGCUGCCAAGCCUUAUUACUGCUACUACCCCUUUGCCCUGGGUCCACGCUCAUGCCUCGGACAGAACUUUGCCCAGAUGGAGGCUAAAGUGGUCAUGGCCAAGCUGCUCCAGAGGUUUGAUUUCACCCUCGCCCCUGGCGAGAACUUCGACAUUCUGGACACUGGCACACUCAGGCCCAAGAGUGGAGUGGUAUGCACUAUCAGACACAGGAAUUACAAGAAAUAGAUGGCUACACAUUAGUAUAACAUGUCAGUGUGGGGAAAUCAGGUUGUUGGCUUGCACUAGCUUCCUCUAGUUGUUGUUUUAUAACUUUCUCUGUUAAUUGUUUUCUCUCCUUUGUAAAGGAAAUAUUAUCAUGUUUUAACGACAUAUAAGUCAUAAUUAUAUGAAAUGGUCAUAAUUACAAUUGUUAUCAUUUCCAAACAGUAAAUCACUUUUUGAGUAGAUUACAGUAUCAUUAACACUAGCACCAGUAUACCAGAUUUGCACGAGUAAAAAUAAACCCUUCAAGGACAUUUAACAGCUAUCAUAGGCACUAUUUUAACUAAUUUUUAAUAUGUUUAUCAUUUUUAUAUACUGAUGAUGGAUUCAAUGCUUGAUACUGAUUUUAUCUCAUGCUCAGUUUCCUGUGCAGUGAUUUUAUAUGUACUCAGCAGUUUGUGUUUUUGGCAAUCACUAGUAGUGUACACAGGAGGGCGCUGAGAGCUUGCAAAGAAUUCUUAAAAGCACCUGUUAAACUACGCUUUUCAGGGUAUUGAAACUCAAAAGUUGUCACCCAUCUGAACUUAACUUCAGGAGUUUGUCAACAUUUUAUGUAAUCAGAAGAUUAAUGAGUGGUGAAUCAGUUUGCAGUAGAAACCUGAUAUCAGUAUAAGUGGGGUUAAGGUUUUUCAUUUUAAAACAAUGAGAUAAUUGAGUAAAUGACUUAUACAACACAUUUUUAUGGUUAAAGAUUAACAGAGAAAAUCUUUUUACUCGCAAUCAGAAGUCUAACACUGUAAGUUAAUGGAUGUAAUAAGCUAGAAAUUCAUCUUUUAAAUGUGCUGUAAUGUAAAAACAGAAUAUAUUAUGUUACAUAUUAAAGAAAAUACUAGUCCUAA